UUUCUAUUUCUCUCUCAUAGUCCCACAAUCUUUUUGGUUUCUUAAAACCUCUAUCCCUGAAAAAUAGCCCACCACCAAAUAAAUGGCCACCGCCGCGCCCAAACUCGCCACCGGCAUUCUACCCAUCCCUGCCCAGCCCCACCGCCGUAAAUUACAUCACCUCGCUACCACCGCUACUAGUGUACAUCCCUCAGCCUUCAAAAUCUCCGUCAGCACUGUCACUGGGGUUUCACGUCGCCGGAGAGGGCUCAGUUGCCAGGCCGCAGAGGUGUCGGUGGCGGAGGGGCCGUCGGCGUCGGGAGGUGGAGGGGACAAUGAAGGGAAAACCGAGAACUGGGUGCCGGUUGUGCCCCUGGGGGCGCUGCCCAAAGGAGAGCGGCGCGUGAUCAUCCAAAACGGGGAGACCAUACUGCUGCUUUGGUAUAAAGAUGACAUCUUUGCCAUCGAGAACCGAUCCCCUGCUGAAGGCGCUUACAGUGAAGGCCUCCUCAAUGCCAAGCUCACCAAGGAUGGUUGUAUUGUUUGCCCAACAACUGAUAGCACAUUUGAGUUGCGAACCGGAGAAAUAAAAGAAUGGUACCCAAAGAAUCCAGUGCUGAGAGUUCUGACUCCUGCAUUGAGAAACCUAUUUAUUUAUCCUGUUAAGACGGACAGCGAAAAUAUUUACAUCAGCAUGGGCGGGGGACUGAAGACUUCUGAUGCAUCUGCUGAGAUUGUAUUCAGCGGGAAGGCUCAACCUGGUGUAACAGCAACCAAUGUCAACGUGGAAGAGGUGAGGAUGGUGGUUGAUGAGAACCAAGAGGCCUUUGGUUUCACAGGAAAGAAUGAGUUGAUAAAUGGAAAAGCUGCUGUGAUUGGGUUCCUAUUGCUGUUAGAUUUUGAACUUCUGACUGGUAAAGGUCUCCUCAAAGGAACAGGAUUCUUGGACUUCAUUUACUCUGUUUCCAAUGCUUUCAAAUGAAUUCCAAUGUAAUUUAUGAACACUUUCUGAUCAACAUAUAGGCAGUAUAUUUGUUGGGAGUAGUUUAACUUCCUAUCAUAACUGGAAAAAAAAAAUGAUUUUGUAUAUGUAGGUAAAUUAUACUGACUGUGAAAUUCUUCUAGCCAGAGGAGAAACAGCCACUUGCAGUUUCCAAUUGAACAGGGUAGAAAUGAUUUUGGGUCAAUGUACUUGUGACUUGUGAGUGUUAUUGUAUUAUAUAAUUUUGUUUAAUUUGGUCUUUGUACUUUAGUUUUGUGGGUUGAAGUACAUGGAUUAAAUUGAGCAAAAUUAAGGUAUAUGUCCUAGUAUUUUGACACCAAUGUUUUUGUUAUUCUUGUA